UUGAUGUUGACUGUAAACAGCUCGAGCUCAUUAGGCAGGAAAUGGAGCCACUAAUGGAGCCAGUGACAGUAACUGUAACUGUAAUGUAACGGAUUACUGUUAAACAGAGUGUAUCCUAUUACUGGAUGCUACUUAUUGUUCAGGGUAAAGUCUCUGAAAUGUAUCAGAAGUAUAAAGGAGAAGAGAAUUGUAGUUAAGUAGGCGACAGUAUUCAGAUUACUUUCCACUCUGAGCUGUAGAACAAUGUUUGUAAUAUAACUGUAAGAAUGUAAACAAAAAACUGGUUUUAAGUCAGUAAAUUUAAGAAUUAUUAAUAUAUUUUAUUAUUCUAUUAUUAUUUUGGUCCUGCUGCUCUUACCUGAGUGUUAUUGUUUGAGAUAAUAAGAGCAUUAUAAACAAUAUAUAUCUAAUAUAUAUAUAAAUAAUGCAGUAACAGAACUCACCACCAGAGGGCAGCCAACAUCACAACCACCUGUCUAUCUCUGUGUGUGUCUCUCUCUCUCUCUCUCUCUCUCUCUCUCUCUCUCUCUCUCUCUCUCUCUCUCUCUCUCUCUCUCCCGGCUCAGCUCAUCACUGAGUCUGAAGCUCAGAUGCUUCAGUGUCCACGAACACCUGCCUGUCUCUGCCUGUCUGUCUGUCUACCUGUCUGUCCUUCAGCAGCAUCAUGAAGGAAGGAUUCUGGUUUCUGCUCGUGGUGUGUGUUUGCUGUGUUGCUCCGGCGGGCUGUUGGCACGACCUGGACAACAGCGAGUACGACUGCUGGCCUCUGGACAAACCCAACGAAUACAACAUGAUCGACUGUGGAGGACUGGAGAUGGCCUGGGUGGUCCGUCCUCCAGAGACGGUGAAGACCGGUGAGGUGUUCAGCGUGACAUACUCGGUAACGGCCACAGACUCUUUCUACCACUGGGCAGUCGAAAACCACAUCUUCACACACAGUUCCAUAGCGAAUGCUGAAGCAGCUCGGACAUUUUGUGAACAUCACGACUGUCCGGCCAACUGGAAAGACGCAGACGGAGAAAACUGCUGCAUUCAUCAUGCUAACAUCCACUCCUGUCCACUGGGGUACAUGACUUCAGAGAGCAUCUGUGGUCCCUGGAUUCCUGAUGACGGAAGAAUCUUCACACACACCAUCUCAACCUCCGGCAAGAUGACGCAGACCAACUGGACUGCCAAGGUGGUCCUGGUCCAUGCUGGUUUAACCUCGCUCAUUGCUCACAUACGAGUCGGUCGCAUGCAGGUUGCUCUUGAGGCCAAGAGCACCGUGCACCCUGCUGUAGUGUGUGGUGAUGGUGUCUGUGAAGAGGCAGAGCUUUGUUCUACCUGUUCAGCUGACUGUGGUGAAUGCCCUAUGAGCCCAACCACCAAGCUAGCGAUCGGACUGCCACUCAGCCUGCUCUGCCUCUGCUUCAUACUGACCGCUGUGUGGCUGAGGUAUCAGAAACAGAAGCUGUUGUGGGAUGAGAGCUGGAUCAUAGACUUUGCAACGAUAAAACAAGAUCAGGAAGCUCAUAUGACCAUGGGAAGUAUGAUGAGUGUACCGGUAGGGAACAGCGACAGUAACACCAGCUGUGUGACUGCUCUCAGCUCCUAUACAGGACAACCCGGCACCCGAAAAACACCGUUCACCUGCACUGGGAUAUAUGACGGCAGGACGGUGGCCAUCAAGCGGAUUCAAACAAAGACUUUCUCUCUAUCCAAAACCAUCAGACAGGAAGUCAAACAAGUCAGGGAGCUCGAUCACCCCAACCUGUGUAAGUUCAUUGGCGGGUGUGUUGAGGUUCCUAAUGUUGCCAUAGUGACGGAGUACUGCCCAAAAGGAAGCCUUAAUGAUGUCCUUCUUAAUGAGGAGAUCCCACUUAACUGGGGCUUCAGGUUUUCGUUUGCUACAGACAUUGCGAGAGGGGUGUCGUACCUACACCAACACAAGAUCUGUCAUGGCCGACUCAAGUCUCUAAACUGUGUCUUAGACGACCGCUGGGUCUGCAAAAUAACAGAUUAUGGCCUGAGGAUGUAUCGCACAGAUGAUAGGGCAGAGCCUCUUUCCACCUAUCAGCAGAGACUCUUGGAGGUGUACAUGCCGCCUGAGUUUCAUAACUCUAACAUGGAGCCGACGCUGGCUGGAGACGUGUUCAGUUAUUCCAUCAUUUUGCUGGAGAUUGCAACUCGGAGCGACCCCGUCCCAGCAGAAGAGUCUAAUCUGGAGAGUGCCUGGUGUCCUCCUCUGCCAGAGCUGAUCUCCAGUAAAGCCGACAACACCUGCCCCUGUCCUGCUGACUAUGUAGAGCUGAUCCGACGAUGUCGCUCUCAUAACCCCACCCACCGACCCACCUUUGAACAAAUCAAGAAGUUUGUUCACCGAAUCAACCCGAUCAAAGUCAGCCCGGUGGACAUGAUGAUGAGCCUGAUGGAGAAGUACAGUAAGCACCUGGAGGUGUUGGUGGCUGAGCGGACACAGGAUCUGAUGCAUGAGAAACAGAGGACUGACAGACUGCUAUACAGUAUGCUUCCGAAACAGGUAGCUGAUGACCUGCGGCAGGGGAAACCGCUGCAGGCUCAGAGUUAUGUCAGUGCUACCAUCUUCUUCAGUGAUAUCGUGGGCUUCACACAGCUGUCCAGCAGCAGCACACCUUACCAGGUCGUGGACUUCCUCAACAAACUCUACACAACGUUUGAUGACAUCAUUGACAACUACGACGUCUACAAGGUGGAAACCAUCGGAGAUGCAUACAUGGUGGUCUCCGGCGUUCCCCUGGAGAACGGGAUCCUUCACGCCUCAGAGAUUGCCAGCAUGGCUCUGGACCUGGUGGGCGUCUGUCGCACCUUCAGGAUCCCCCACAAACCCAACAUGCAGCUACAGAUACGAGCUGGGAUACACUCCGGUCCGGUGGUAGCGGGGGUUGUGGGGACGAAGAUGCCUCGUUACUGUCUGUUCGGAGACACAGUCAACACAGCAUCUAGGAUGGAGUCCACCAGCCUGGCCCUGAAGAUCCAGUGCAGCUCCAGUGCCUUUUACCUGCUGGAGGAGAUCGGCGGCUACGUCCUGGAGUGCAGAGGAAUGCUGCAGGUCAAGGGGAAAGGUGACAUGGUAACCUAUUGGCUGGUGGGGAAGAAGACGUCUCUGGUCUCCAAGGACGUCAGUCCAGACGCCAAGACGACUAAACACAUCACCACGGAGACGGAGGCAGAGUCGGAGAAAGAGCGAGACUUGUACUCCUCCAUGCCGGGGUUCCUAAACGAUGAUCUCCUGGAUCCGGCCUGA